AAUAAUUGUAUAAUGAUUUUAACAUAGAAGAAACACAAUGCAAACAGCGCAUCUGCAGGUGUGCCUCUCAAGAAGUUUAACACAUUUUGGAUGAUAGUGUGAUAAAGAACUGCUUGAAGAUGAUGACCGAUAUCAUAGUGUUGUGUUUUACUUUGGCUAUCUCAUUGUCCUUCUGGAUUAUAUCCAUAACAGUUAGCAUGUACCAUGGUACAUUGCAGCCUUUAUCUCCAUGGAGGUGGCUGUUCUCAGUUCUGGUCCCUGUUAUUCUCACCUCUCGUGCUUUUAAGAAAAAAAGUCUCAACAUUAGUGGUGCUCUGGCUGCAUUGCUGGUUGGUUUUAUUCUCACCUUAGCAAACACAAGUUUCUUUGCAGCUUUGUUUGCAUUUUUUAUCACCUCCACCAAACUGACAAGAUGGGGCGGGGCUGUCAAGAAACGCAUUGAUUCUGAGUAUAAAGAAGGUGGCCAGAGAAACUGGGUACAGGUUUUCUGUAAUGGAGGCUUGCCCACAGAACUAGCUUUACUGUAUAUGAUUGAAGUUGGUCCCGGGGAGAUGCCUGUGGAUUUUGUGAUGCAGUAUACUGCUUCAUGGAUAUGCUUGUCACUUCUGGGAGCUUUGGCUUGCAGUACAGGGGACACUUGGGCUUCAGAAGUAGGCCCGGUUCUCAGUAAGAGCCAACCCAGGCUCAUUACUACUUGGAAGAAAGUCCCAACAGGUACCAACGGGGGUGUGACAAUAGUGGGUCUUAUAGCUAGCUUUCUUGGUGGAGCCACUGUGGGAAUGGCUUACUUUACCUCUCAGCUACUUCUGGUUAGCGACCUGCAUUCAGCAGCUCCUCAGUGGCCUAUCGUUGUAUACAGUGCUAUGGCAGGUUUACUUGGCUCAAUGCUUGAUUCUUUACUGGGAGCAGUAAUGCAGUACUCUGGAUUUGAUGAAGGCACUGGAAAGGUUGUAAACUUUGUAUCACCAACAGUAAAGAGAAUAUCUGGAAAACCCAUCUUGGAUAACAAUGGAGUGAACCUCUUUUCAUCAAUCUUUAUAGCUCUGUUUCUUCCAGGAUUUGCAUGGGGCAUCUGGCCAACGCGCUAAGGCCAGUAUGUCUAGGGACCAUUACGACCAUAUUGGAUUUGGAACAAAUAAGAUUAAUAAUAUGAAACAUAGCACAACAUUUAUGGACUAGUGAAAUGGUAGAUGGUAUAUUACCUACCCACAUUUUUUGCAUUCCUGCAUUAAGAAAUGUAGUUUUUGAACUGAUUGACAAAUAUCUCAUGAAGUUUGGUAUGAAGUGGUGAGCCAUGACCAAUCUUUAUUUGCAAAGACUUAACCUUUGGUGGAUCCUUUUUUAUACCAAUCAUUUUCUAGGUUGACUUAAAAUGAUGUAAUAUAGUCACUUAAUUGUCUACAUCUUUUUACUUUAAAUGAUCUAUACACAUGCAUACAAACACAGUGACUAAAACAAGAUGCAUAAAUUGACACUAUGUGGUGUUGUGUCAGUAAUCCCUGCAAAUCUUAUCCUAACUGUAACAUUAAAUAAUCAAACCUUAGCUUCAUGGCCAGAUGUUUGAAUAAUCAUAUUCUGCUGUGUUGAUAAUAAAGCUUCUAAGGAGGAAUGGUCUAGUCAAUGUGUCCAGAAUGUUUACUGCUAGGUAUGACAUGUUGUGGCUCAUGGUUCAACAAAACCAAGUUUUAAGUUUCUGUCUGAAUGGCUGUGCAAUAUUUUUUAAUACUUAAGCAAAAACAAGGGGAAUGGCGAUUGGGGAAUGUGGGAAACACAGUCUAUAAAAUAAUUAAAUAAUUAAAUGUCAAUGAAUUAAACAUAUGAGUAAUGUUUACAGGGUAUAUACAAUAACUCAGAAUAACCUGCCUGGGACUUUACUGCAACUAAGUUUUAAUUUAGAAUGGUAUUGAUUUGGCUUUUUUAAUUUUUUAUACAUUAUUAUUAUUUAUCAGUGUUACUGUUUCCAGUUGUUUUGUGCUGCUAGUUUGGGGAUUUGUCAAAACACUGACAUGACUGGAACCAGAACUGUUCCAUUACAAACCCUAUUUCCAGAAAGGUUGGAACACUUUGUAAAAUGCAUUAAAUAAAAUCAUCUGUGAUUUGUUAA